GGCUGUGCUCCGCUCAGCGUUGUGCCCUGUGCUGCCGGCCCUGCUCCGCUCCGCUCCGUCCUGCUCUGCGCUGUAGGCUCGGCUCAGCCCUGCGCUGUGCCCUGUGCUGCCGGCUGUGCUGUGCCCUGUCCUGCCGGCUCUGCUCCGUCCUGCCCUGCGCUGUGCCCUGUGCCCCGCGCUGUGCUCGGCCCUGUGCCGCGAUGGUCAUCCGAGUGUUCAUCGCCUCCUCCUCCGGCUUCGUGGCGAUAAAGAAGAAGCAGCAGGAUGUGGUCCGGUUCCUGGAAGCCAACAAGAUUGAGUUUGAGGAGGUGGACAUCACCAUGUCAGAGGCCCAGAGACAGUGGAUGUACCGCAACAUCCCAGUGGAGAAGCAGCCAGCGCAAGGCAACCCUCUUCCUCCCCAGAUCUUCAACGGGGACCAGUACUGCGGGGAUUAUGACGGCUUCUUUGACUCUAAGGAAAGCAACACAGUCUUUUCAUUCCUGCGCCUGAAACCCAGAUUGGCGUCCAAGGCCGAGCCCUAGGAGAAAUGCCAGGCCGAGGACGGACGCCUGCUUUGAAGAGCCAAACGGUCCCUGAACGCCAACCCCCGGCUCCCCGAGUCCCCGUGCCAAGCCGGUCUGCAGCGCCGAAACUCAGCUGGGCCUUGCGGGGGGCUCCCCGAAGGCGCGGGACGCGGGGGGCUGUAAGAGAUGGCUGACGCAGGGCGGCUUCUUCCUUCUUUCCCGUUUCCUCCCCGGGCCACGGGAUUCAGGGAUUAGCCCGCGCCCCGCACCGCUGUUCUCUCUCCCCACCCCGGGACCGGCAGAGACGGGGUCGGACGAUCAAACGGUCCACCACCCGGUGACGUGCGGAGCACUGUGCUAAGCGCUCGAGAGAGUCCACUCCAACAGGAUUGGCGGACGCGUCCCCCGCCCAUGAUGAGCGGGGGCUAGGGAAGCGGCAGGGCCUAGCGGAGGGAGCCCGGGGCUGGGAGUCGGAAGGACCUUGGGCAAGCCACUCUGCUUCCUCGGUGCCUCUGUUUCCUCGUCUGUAAAGCGGGAGUUGGACGGUGGGACGGGGGCCGCGUCCAACCCGAUUCGCUCGUAUCCGCCCCGGCGCUUGGCGCAGAGGAAGCGCCUGACAAAUGCCGUUAGCAAGCGUCGUGUCUGCCGUCGUGUCUGCCGUCGGGAUGGCAGAUCCCGUCUCCCGUCAGCACGGCCGCCCGCACCUGGUUUCACCAUCAAUCAAUCGUAUCGAUUGAGCGCUUACUGUGUGCAGAGCGCUGUACUGAGCGCUUGGGAAGUCCAAG